CAAUAUAUUUACUUAAUUCGCUGUCGCCAGCAACAUUGUUGCUGAAAAUAUUGUGAACACAUACAUAUAUACAUACUCGUACUAGCGAGCGUGUGCUUGUGACUGUUUAGCGUCAGAAGUCUGCAAAUCGAAUGGAAUUGCUGCAAUGUGUUGGUGACAGUGCAAAGAUGAAACCGUUGCCUGGUAGCAUGGCGCGCAAAAUAGGCGAAAUAAUUAAGUGCCGCAGCUAUUUCAAUUAAGUGUCGGUGCCGGUGCCAGUGUCGGUGUUGAUGUUGCCGCUGCAUUUGUUGCCACUGCUGGUGCAGUUGUUGUUAUCAUUUGCUUCUCCAACUUCUACGAUUUUUCAUACUCAGCACUUUGUCACACUACUCCACUCUGUUCUACGUAUGGGGUCGCUCGGCCGUUCGUGUGCUCCGAGCCAUUGUGCGCACAUGAGCAAUCCAAAUUAAUCACUCAUCAAGCGAUUGCUUCAAGUGAUAUAUAUGUACAUACAAACAGCGAUGUGGAAGUGUGUGUGUGUGUGUCUGUUUAUGCGUUUGUUAGUUUAGCCUUCCUACUUGUGCGAGUAUGACAAAUGCGGGUUUUCAGCUUUUUGCUGUUUCGGCGCUUCGCCAUCGUUCGAUAUUCCUUGUGUUGUUAUUGUUGUAGCAUUGCCUUCUGUGUGAUGUUUUGUUUUGUGGCCAUUAAUCGAGCGUAUGAAACUCAUUAGCAUAAUCUGACUAGCUGGACGACUUUUGCGCGGUUCGUUUCGUCUUUCGUUUGGCAUGUUUUUGCUGUUGUUUUUGUUUUCGGUUUUCGCUUCGAUUUAAAUGCUUAUUUUUGUAUUUCACUAAGUUGUUUUUGUGUUCAUAUUUUGCAUAUUUUCGCCGAUUGCGUAUUUCGUUGGUGUCAUUAAUAUUAUAAUGUGAAAAAGAUGUUUUUUGUGUUUUUAUUUUAAGUGUUUUGCUAUGAAUUGACAUAUUACUAGUGAAUGAGAGACGAAUGUGCACAAACACACGCAAAGCGAAGUCAAAAAAAACACUCAAACAUGAAAUUAAUAGGAAUAUAAUGCGGUGUUAAAUGUAAAAAUAGAAAAGAACAAGUUGCGGUGGCAAUAAUUUAAAUUAGCAAUCAAAAUUUUUGAGUUCAUUUUUACAUUGCUUUGUUAUUGUGUGGAUGUGUGUAGUCGUUCUGAUUUCUAAUAGUUGAGUUGUGUUUCCUGUGUAACACACUAAAUAAGUUGAACUAAUUAAUCUUAAAUUACAUUCACAUAUGUACGAGUAUGUACAUACAUACAUACAUAUGUGUACUGUAAAACAAAAAUAUAUAAUUUUCUUAAUAACACAAAUAAUUAAAUAAAAUAAAUUUACUAAUAACAUAAAAUAUACAAUGUUGAGCAAAAUAAGAAGAGUAAUAAUGAAAGUCAAUAGAGAAUUUUCACGACAUUUUUCUUUGAAAAUACUAGUCGAAAGUAAGUUAUUAUUAUUAUUUUCUAUCUAGUAAAUUAACAAAGUGGAGCUGUGUGCUCUAUAUCAUCAAUGAAUAAUAUAUAUGAAAUCAUUUGCAAAAGCUAUCGAGUGAAUGAAAAAACUCAAACUAUUUUUUCCAUAAUCUGUAGUUAUAAAUCUAAUUUUUAUUUUUUGUAAUUAUUUAUUUAUUAAUUUUUUCCUGCUAUUUUAUUUUUCAUAUUAUUCUCAAUUGUUGCGAAAACCCAAUACCAUAGCAGUAAUUCGAAAAAAAACUAAUAUAAUAUAUUUCUCAGUUUUCGAAAAUGCAGAUCCAAAAAAAUACUCAAAAACACAAUGUCAUUAAUUAUCACCUCGAUAAUAUCUGGCAAUUACCACUUAGCAGAGACAUUUAAUUCAGCUUUUAAUGCAAACAACAACGCCAAAACCAAGAACAUAAAACUGCGAGUCAAGUUAUUCAAAUGCUCGUGUCAUCGCUUACUACAAUUACAAUCAGCAGCACAAUGGAUAUACAUACAUACAUAGACAUGUACAUACAUACAUACAUCCGCAUUUACUUAAAUACAUAUGUAUAUAGUAUAUUGUACGCCACCCACUCAUCCAAUGAGCGACUACGUCAAUGCCCCCGAGGUGCAACUUAAUCACAUUUCAAAUUAAUUACAUUCGGGCAAGUCACUCCAGCAAAACCGAAGUGCGACAACUUAACGCGAAACCCACCCCCAAAACAAAUACAGUGGCAAAACGGAAAUAUACACAGAUUAAUUUACUCACACAUCAACUUCGAUGUGUGCGUAUGUAUGUAUGUGUACGCUAUCGCGUGUGUAGGAAAAACGACGCCAACGCUACUGUUGCCGCUGCCGCUGUUUCGGCCUGUCAUUUCGCUUAAAUGACCAGUAUUCGCAAUUAAAUCACCUUCAUUGCUUUCUCAUCAACGCCACUUAACCCAUUAUGCUAUACACAGCACAUAUAGAGUCAGUAAGCAUAACAGUGGGCUUAUGGCACGCAAUCACACUAACUCCAAUUAAACCACACACACACACAACAGCAACAAGAGCAAACACAAGUGCAAAUAGGCAUGAGGCCAACCACGACUGUUGCUCGGAAACGAACGAAUGGCUUUGUUGAAGAGCGCGCGCGCACACAGUUUUCAGUAGACACUGCCGACUCAUCGCAGCAGUUAAACGGGUGAAGACACAAUAAAUAAAUACGUUUAUAACAGUAGCUGGGUUAAUAGCAGCCAUUUCAACAGAAGCAGCAACAAAAAUCGAGGGCUUAAAUCGAAAGCAAAGCUCAUCAACCUGGUCAUUAGCACUAAACUCGCUAAUAUUUGUUGUUGUUCCAGCGCUGUUAUUUUGCUUCGCAGAAAUGUAAGGCUAAGUGGCUGGGAGAACUGUUAUCAACAUCACAGUCGUCAACAAGCUGCUAUGUGCCACAGUGAACCACAUAUUCAUCAUCGAGUGUUUUUAUUUAUAGUUUUUUCUGAAACUUUUGUAAAAUUUAAGCAAAUAUUUAUUAUAACUUGUUGAAAUAAUUGCACAGUUCUAUGGCGUUUUUUUUGCUGUAAGUUUAAAAAUCGGUGAUAAAUAACUCAGAAUGAUAAACUACACAAAAUCAAUAAAAGUAUACUGCUCUUCUAUAAUUUUGUUCUAAUAAUUAUUCUAUAAAAUAAAAAUCUCCGAUAUGACCACUCGGCAAGUUUAUUUUCAUCCCUAAUGAUUUGUGUAAUUGCUGCUUUCAGUUUUAAGCUAAGAAAGUGUUGUAUGAUCUACACUGCAAUACUUUUCAAAAGGUAAUCUUCAUUUGCUUCAAAUAAAAAGCAAUUGACUCAUAUUGCCGAUGUACCCUCCAUGUGACUCUAUAUAUGGAUAAACAGUCGCUCUAGUGUUUAGCUCUGUAUUUAAUUUCUGGAUCGUUUAAUCGAUCGGUAGACAAAGUUCUUCUUAGUGCUCUUGUGUUCUACAGCAAGUAAAACUCUUUCAGUUAAAUAGCGAUUAUUCGACAUGAGCUUUAGUAAAUAUUAUAGGGUAGCGUAAGCUUUAAAAAUAUUUUCAGUUUGUUCAGGAAUUUUAAUUUUUUUUAAUACUAACGAACAAAUCCAUAUUUUGUUUCACUUGUAACAUAUUGAAAAAACGUAAUCAAUUUAAUUAAAAUUUAAUUUUAAACUCAGUGCUUUUUGAAUGUUUAAGGGUAACUGCUUAUACUAUAGUGCGAGAUGAUUUUAUUACAUUUUCCUCGAAUGUUGUAUUUUUAAGAAAUUACUAUACUAGUAUAUUUUUGCUAAUAGUUUCUAUCUUCCAAUUCUAACGGAUUAGUAUAGAAUAAUUGUACUCAAAUUUGAAACCUCCCAACUUGGGACUAGAUUUAACUAAUAGGUUAUACCAUAUAACGAGUAACAAAAAAAGCUAUCUUAAUACUGUGAUUAGGUUCAUUUCCAUACCGAUAAAGAGCAUAAGUGCUUUUCGCCAUUUCUAUUAUUACGAUUAUGCUUUGCGAACAAAACACAAAGCUCCCCAAAAAUACGAUAAAUAUGUGCGAUGUAGGCAUAUACAUAUAUAUAUAUAAUGCAACUUAUGAGUAAAGCUAUACAUCACAUAACUCAAUUUUCCUGCGAGUUCAUACCUUUGCACAUUACUCACACAUAUACAUAUAUACAAGCAUACAAAUGUACAAAUUCAUGAAUAUUUUGCUACAGUUACGCUGUCAUUCCAAUGGGUCCAGCAACGUCGGCACCCUCUCGGCUACAAAAGCCGGCGCUAGGCGCGUUUGAAUUACUCCCAGUACGUAGUUAGCUGUACAUGCCGCCGCUAAUUGCAUGCGCGUUAAUUGAUUGCAAGCAAUCUGGCCAUUUCCCUUCUCUGGCGCAUUUCUGCUGACUGCCCAACAACACCCCGCUUCCCUCACAACCACUCUCCCAUCCAGCGCAGUACAUGCGGCACUUGUCAAGCUAUUAGCGAGCGCCACCAUUACUGCAACAACAAAAACUACAAGCAUCACGUCGUAUGUUGUGCUCGUAUCAGUUGAAUAUACAAUCAUAGAUUCGUACACAUGUUCGUAUGUGUGUAUGCUGCUGCUAAUGCUGCUGUCGCUUGCUGCCGUUUGAAUGGCUCCGUUUGAUCUCAUUCGUUAGUUAAGCGCAUUGGUGUGAAAAAGUGUAUCGCACGGAUACGCGAUAUUAUUGCUGCUCGUUGAUUGCUUCAGUGUCGGUUUCGUUAUUGUUAUUGUUACUGCGCUGUUUUUCCUCCACUUCCACCUAUUAUGCUACAACCGUCGUUGGAUUUUUUCGCGCAUUGUGUUAUUUUUCACACAAAGCUCAGCUCAGCACUGGUUAAACUGUACAAAAAAACUAUUCACUUUUAAACAGAGCACAAAUUCGACGCAUCUUGCCAUCGGUGCCAGUUCGGUAAUUUGCACAUUACACAUUGGUGGUUCAUUUCGAUUUGCAGCACACAGCUGAAAAGUUAUGAAAAAUAUGAUAAACUAAGGGAUAUUAAAAGCCGACGGCAGAGCAUUUAAGGAUAAACUGGUAUAAACAAUUAUUAACUUUUGGAUAACUGCUGUACUCCGGGGCGUAUGAAUAACCUACAUUUUAAUUACAUGUGUCAUGAAACGGAGCUAAAAAGUUGUGUGAAAUAAUAAGUGAAAUACAAAUAUAAAUAUAUGAAUGUAAAUAUAUAAUCAAAACAAAGUAUAAAUACAUGAAACUAAAUAUGUGUAUAUUCAAAGCAAAAUAACCGCUAACGGAGUACAAUGUGAAAUCGAGUCAAUUAAGCUGAGAAUAUUGUUUUACAUUUUUAUUUUUACCGAUAUUCCCAUCGGUGCGCACAUGUUUGUUUAUGAAAACUAACAACUAAAUACAACAGUAAUUAACCUCACAAAACAAAGAGCCAUAAAUAUAUCCGAUCAGCAAUGAUAGUAUGUGUCUGUGUGUCGCGUAGCUACCAAAUCGUCAGCAAAAAAUUUCCUCAAUCAAAACACACACUUGUAAUAAAAUACUUGUUUAUGUGUAUGCUUUUAAUACCGAAAUAAACACUUGCAUAUUAAAUUACAAGCGAUUACAAUUAAUGAAUAGUUUUGAAAUGUGAAACAGUUGUUUAAAAUACAAUAAAUGGGAAACUAAUUACAGCAUUCGAUAAAAUACACAACAACAAACCAAGCAAAAGUAAAUAAAAACUCAUUAUAAUGGAAAAAUAAAAAUUAAAGUUUGUUUAUGUGAAAAUAAAGUGGUGUAGAUAAGUGACACGCAUCAAACAAGACGACUUAAUUGGCAGGGAAAAUGCGCAAACCAGCAACAAUUAUAACAAAAAUAAUAAUUUAAUUUACGCAGCCACAAACGUCGCCGCUCGGCAUCAUGUUGUCAAUUUUAAUUAAGCAAAGUGUAUUAAUUCGCAGCUCGUUAUACUAAUUAAGGAUAAUAAGCUACAACAAAAAACAAAACACACUAAAGCAAUCUAUUAUUUAAUAAAAGCAGCCCAAGGCGCCCACCGUGUAACAAAAAUAAAUUAACAAGCGACAACCGAAGUAAAAGUUCACAAAAAACAGCAACAAAAGCAAACAACAUUACAAAUAUAUAUGUAUACUUUGAAAACCUCACACAAUUACUACCAGAACUUCACAGAGCAGAGAAACAACUGCGCUCACUUCCACUCAUACACAAACAAAUCCAGCGCACGAAAAUAAGGAUAAUAUGCACUCAAAGAGCACUUUACAUAGCGUAGCAUGAGGGAGAGAGCCGCUGGCGUAGCACAUCUAGUAGCAGGAUACUCGACAUUUGUGUGAACCGAAUAUUUGUGUUGGUGUGCAGCACUUGCAUAACAAAUUGUGACCUCUAACAUUUCCACUACAUGUGUGUGUACGCACGAGCAAUCGUUUCUUUUUAAAGAAGUUCUAAAUUUAGUGCCGCAAUUAUAAUGGAGAAUGAACAGCAGCAGCCACGUUGAAUCACGUAAAGCACAACGCUCGUAAAUGCCAUCUGAAGCUUUUCUCUAGCUGUAAGCAGUACACUGAAAAUAUAAGUCAGAACCUCGUUUCCUUUUGCACCUUACACCUCGCCAAAAGUAUACGGUCAGAGAGCGCGCUUAAAUGAUGCCCGAAAUUGACCGUGACGCUGUUGCUGAAAUGGUAAGCGGAGCGCAUGCGCCUAUAUUCAGCACCGCCGCACUACUCGCCAAAGAACAGCAAAAGUACAAGUCACACGCCCGCCUACAGGCAACACUAGCCGAGCAGGAGCACUUAAAUAUGGCCGCCGCCAGUUCAUAUGUGUACCAGAGUCCAUUGACCAUACCACCACAUGGUCUGCCGCAAUAUAAUAAUUUCAACAUGAAUAAUAAUCAAAUUGGCGCAUUAAAUCACAAUAUGGCAGCGCAGCAUUUAGCGGCGAACCACGCUUGCAUAAGCCCCAGCAACAAAGAAAAGCUUUCAAAUUUGCUAAAAGUGCUUGAACCCGAGCAACGCAUUACUGGAAAUUUCCUACAGAAGACGCUUGAAGCGGGACCACGCUCCUUGACUGGCAACUGUCCCACGAAUGGUGGUAGUAAUAUGGCCUCUUUGGAAACAGCAUGCUUGUCGGCACCUCCCCUCCAGACACCGCUGUCUCCGCCACCACCACCACCGCCACGCGCUAAAACACCACAUCCCCGACGCUUGGAACCAACUGCGGUACCGUCGUUAAAACCCUCCAAAACUCAUAAUGAUCUCGAAAUUAAAACUAGCGAUAAUGUCACAGAAAGCUGGCACCCACAUGUUUAUGCGCGUCCACCAAUGCGGCCAACACCACAUGCAAUAGCUGAUAUCCUCGGUUGGCGGGCACUUGCCUCGCCGAAUCAGCAGCGCACUUUUGUCCCCAGCAAUGUCAGUAUCAACAACAUUGUUCCUCAACGCGACGCAAUGGACGAGUCAUCCAAUUCUUCAUCAAACGCAGCUGUAUCGCUUCCCCCAGUGCCGGCUAAGUCGCCUAAAAGUAUACUACGUAAUUUUCACCAACAAUUUUCCCAACAACCGCAGUCACCGUUAAGAGAACCGGCGCAUAUGCGUAGCACAUCGGUGAGCGAGGCCAGUGAAGAUGAUGCAAGUGGCAGUAUAAUGGAUCAGCCUUUGGACCUUUGUGUGCCAAAGAAGCCGCGAGAAUUGAGUUCUCCACCACCACAUGAGAAACAAACAAAGAUUCUUAUCAAAGCCGGAAGCAGCAAGAAAGAUGCCAAUCACACAGUCAAAUCGGGUGUUAAGAAGAAAAAACUUGCGAAUGCCUCUGCCGCUGCUGUUUCCGCCACGAGUGCAGCGUUGUUGGGGUCAGCGUCGUCGACAGUUACGCCGCCGGCGUCUUCUUCGUCGAUGCCUGUACCGGAUGUGAGUCCUACUGGUAGUAGUGACAGUCUUAUGCGCGAUAAGCAAUUCCCGACCGUUAGCACACCGCCCGCCUCAUCUUCCGUGCCUGCUGUGGAGACCACGGAGGACGACUCAGAUUCCGGAUCGACCGAUGCGCGACGCAAGAAGAAGGCGCGCACCACCUUCACAGGUCGCCAGAUAUUCGAAUUGGAGAAACAGUUCGAGAUAAAGAAGUAUCUCAGUUCGAGUGAACGCACGGAAAUGGCUAAGUUGCUGAAUGUAACUGAAACGCAGGUAAAAAUCUGGUUUCAAAACCGUCGAACCAAGUGGAAGAAACAGGAUAACAUCACGAAUUCGGAAGUUGCCGAGCACAAAACGACAAAUACUUCUAAAAAUUCAAGUGAGAACGGCAAAACGACGAACACCACAGCGGGCUCGAGUAGCACCACCACAACGUUAUCGGCCGAAACGUCAAGUAAAAAAUCACAAAACCACCACCACAGCAACAAUGGCCAAAACAAUAGCUCCGCAAAUAGUAACACCGAAAAGAGUCGUUCCGCUACCUCAACGGAAUUGAGCGCCAAAUUAUCUGCCAAGCAAACGACAAAAAUCAAGAAACAGCUGAGUGCAUUGCUGGAGAAAACCACAAAGAAUCCAACGACGCCGUCUGUCAACAACAAUAGCUCAGUCCUGGUGAAUGGUGGCGGCGCAGACAGUGCUAAACCAACAACGGUGAGUGGCAGCGGCAAAGCGAGCAACAACAAUAAAAACUCUGAAAAUGCUCAUCAACAUCCGCAGCAUAAUCACCAACACCAUUCCCACCGCAUUCACCACUCGCACUCACUUCCUCACCAUCGACAACACGCCAUACCGCUGACAGUUGAACCGGCAGCGCCAUUGGAGCAGACCGAGAAACUCGAAAUAAAAUUGGAGGAAUCUCCGCAGCACCGCGAACUACAAUUAAGCAUAUUGCGCGCCGCCAGCAAUCAUAGUCCUCUGCAAUUCAGCGACAUGGAUUUCGAAAGCAAAUUGGCAGCAUCAAAAAUAUCGAAUGCGCUGCUCGGCUCAAAAAUCCAUGCCGAUAGAACAGAGGAGGCAAGACGACGCAAGAGCAGUAGCGAGGAAAACGACUUGCAACAAGCAACAGGAAAGGCGCGAGCUGAGAAAAUUCUAAAAAUGGAGACGGGGGAGGAGGAGGAGAAGGAGCAAACAGAAACAGAUUUGAAUAGGGAGAUGGAUGUAGGGCGGGAAACAGCUGUAAAAUCACCAACCACAGAUGAUGACGAAUGCGAAGAGCAUGUAGAGGAAGAUACCGAGAUGCACAAUGUGGAAAAUUAAAACAAAUCAAAGAAAAAUAUAUAAGAAUAUUUAAUGGAGAGAUCUUCCAGUGUGAACUGUGCCAAAAACUGAACAAAAUUUAAUUUCUAGAAUUUUAAUUUUAAAAUGCGCCUAAGUGCAGUCAUAAGAAGAAGCUCAAUUACUGCAAGAGUAUACUAUUUUAGUUAUAUACAUACAUAUAUAUGUGUUUAUUAUUGUUAAUUAUGUAUUUAGCUGUUUAGACAAUUAAGGAGAAAAGAGUAUAAAACCAAAUCAAUUGAACAAACAAUCGAAUUAUUUAAUAGUUUUAACUAAUGCUUAUGCUUAUUGUAAUUAUAAAUUCGCUUUUCGUAUGUAUGCAAUUUCGCAAUUAAUGAACUAGGAUAAGAAGAGUGCUAAGGAUGCGCAAUUUUGCUUUAGUGUUGCCAUAAAUUCAAGGAAUAAAUAGUAAAUUAAAAAACGAAUGAAGCAUAUGAAAAUUUCGAAUGUGAGAAGAAACGGAAAUUAUCGUAAUUUGGGUGUAAUGUGAUAAAUGAACAAGUGUAACAAAAAACUCAAUGUAUACGAAAGGAAUUUAAACGCAUAAUGUAUGUAAAUAUGUCAAAACGAAUGUAUGUAAUUAUGGGAGUAAGUAAAAUAUAAACAAAAUUCACUUGCCCAAACACAUUCUUGCAAGUCCAUUUACUGUUAAUUUCAAUACAAACAAAUCGUUUAUCACAUGCAUACACAGUUUAUUGGUCGUGUUUACAAACAAUGAUUGUAAUAAAUUACAUAAUUCAAACUUCAACUAUUUAUUGAAUGUACAAAACAGGAGCGUUGUAUGCUUAACGAUAGCUAUGCGAAAACACAAUACAAAAUAAAAAUAAAAAACUAUACAUAAUGAGUAAA